AUGGGGGACAAUCCUAAAAGGCUGUACCGGUUGGACGGGGUUGCUCAUAUAGCCGGGGUGAUCAAGGACGAGCCACAGCGAUGCAUCAGGAGCAUGCGGCGGCAACAAGGCAUGCCACUCGAUGAGCGUUAUGUUCCAUACUUGCAGAUGGCCGAUUUAUACCAUCUCGCUAGGCUCAACGAUAGAUGGUAUCGGUUAGAUGAGCCCCUUGUCAGCGCUUUUGUCGAGCGGUGGCGUCCUGAGACGCACACCUUCCAUAUGCCCUUCGGAGAGUGCACCAUCACGCUUCAGGACAUGGCGUACCAGUUAGGGUUGGCAGUGGACGGGCGUUACGUCAGCAGUUGCCUUACAGAUUUUCAUAUGUAUAUCGAGGGCGGACGUCCAGCUUGGGUGUGGUUCGAGGAGUUGCUUGGAGUGAUUCCUCCUCUGAGCCAGGUUCAGAAGUUCGCAGUUAACUGCACCUGGUUCCAGGAGACUUUCGGAGAGUGCCCCGAGGGAGCCGAUGAGGAGACUGUGUGCCGAUUUGCUUGUGCCUAUAUCAUGAUGUUGUUAGGCACUCAGUGGUUUGGAGACAAGUCCGGCAACCGCAUUCACAUCAGAUGGCUUCCCUACGUUGCUAGGCUUGAGGAGAUGGGUUCCUACAGUUGGGGGUCUGCUGCAUUGGCUUGGUUGUACCGGUGCAUGUGCCGAGUGGCAAACAGACAUGUGGUGAAGUUAGCGGGCCCACUACAGCUACUUCGGUCCUGGAUCUUCUACCGCUUUCCCAGGUUUAGGCCUGCUGGGUAUGACACAUGCAGCUGGCCUUUGGCAUCGAGCUCCCCCGAUGUACUUCAGGUUGUGCAUCCGGAGGCGUUGGAGCCUCGCCACACGGCGCUUUGA